AUGACUAGACAUAACCCGAUUGCAAUUCUCCCGCAGCAACAACAGCAGCAAACAAGCAUCCUUUGCCCUGCUCCAAACUUUCUUGAGGACCCUGAUAUGACAGAAGAGCAGAGGCAAAUAAUUAUGAAACGCAUUCACGAAGUAAGGUCAAAAUAUGAAGCCUUUGUGGAAAAAGAUAUUAAUCAAAAGAUACAAACUAUUAUAUUUGCUUCUGAUUUAUCAGAAGAAGAGGCACGCUUGGCACUGUCUCUUUGUCAUGAUGAUGAACAUGAAGUUCUUAACAAGCUUGCAGGAAAGGGUGCGCGAGGCUUUCGUAGUUUGCUACAACCUGCUAGCUGCAUAUCUGGUGAAAAAUAUAUAGAAGAUGGUUACUCUUCUCCUUCAGCUCACUCAGCUGAAGAAUUUGAUUCAAUAGAUGAAAUAGAAGUUCCAUUCACUUUGCCAUCAACACGAACCACCGUCAUUUCUCUUGGUUGUUAUCACAAGUCUCCAUCAUGGUGGUCAAGCCCAGGUUCAUUAUAUCAUCAUCCAAUUCCUAUUAAUUACAAGGCAAAACGAGUUGAAUCGAAUACUACUUAUAUCAUGUCCAUUGAAGAAGAUUUAACAACUGGAAAUCCACUUUUCAGAGUUACAAACCAGGCGACAAAACAAUCUUUUACUGGAAGUUCACCUACAAAACCAUGGACAAUGGUAUGCAUAUCCCAUUCUUCAUCAAGAGCAACCCGUAUUUCUGGUCCUUUAUUCUUUGGAUUUUCGGACCCAUUAUUACAACAAUUACUCACAAAAAUGGUUAAAGAAAAUGAUGUCGAAGAAUAUUAUUACAGAUUUGUUGGUGAAGGUGAGACAUUUUGUUGUGAAAAAGAAUGGAAAGACGAAGAAAGACAAAUUCUUUUAUCAGAAAUCCAUAGAUUUUGUGGAAGUGUUAGCUCUUCAAUUUCGGAUAGUGAUGUUUCUUUUCCUUUUGGGUUAAUUGCGCGUAAUAUUCCCAAUCGAACGGGAUUUCAAUGUCAAUACGAAUAUAAUCGCCUAGUAACUACCGGUCAAAUUAGUGAAUUAGAUGGUUGUCCCGUGACGCCUUUACGAGUAAAUUACGACAAACUAGUUAAAUCAAUGUCUUCUAAUGGUCAAAUUAAACGAGCAAGAAAAUUUUCUAGUCAAAAAGAUGAUGAUAAAUGGAGCGCGAAGAACAAAGCUAAAUUUAAUCCUUGGAAUCCAUUGCCAAACAUGAAAGACGCGAUUACUAUGGAAUAUAUGAAUGAACCAGCAAUCUCACCAGAUGGGUAUGUAUGCGAUUACAAAACAUGGAUUAAAAUUCUACAUUCUCAUGAAUCCAAAGAUACCUGUCCAUUCACUAAAAAACGGUUAACACGUCGACAAUUGGUGAAAUUGACUUUCGAUAAUAUUGCUGACUAUUUAGACAGAAUACGCGAACCGUAA